GGGUUUGCUCCCGACUGAGAGGCCGGACGCGCCGGGAGGAAGAGGAGAUGAACCCAGUGGGCAGCUGCACCCCAAAGCAGGGCGCGCUCCCCCCGGAAAAGGAGGCGCUCGCAGAGCGGGUGCCGAGGUGAGCUGCCUUCCACGGCGCGUGCCUCGGCGGACUAACUCGGCACCUGGGGGACGAGACUGCGGCGCGCUGGCGGAAGGGGCGGGGCUUGCGGCGGAAGCCUCGUCCCAGGUCACGUGAGCGGGGCUAGUCCGCGGCGCUGGAGCUCCGGAAGCAUGGCACUCUGGCGGGCAUACCAGCGGGCCCUCGCUGCUCAUCCGUGGAAAGUGCAGCUCCUGACGGCUGGGUCCCUGAUGGGUCUGGGUGAUGUGAUAUCACAGCAGCUGGUGGAGAGGCGGGGUCUGCAGGGACACCAGACAGGCCGGACCUGGACCAUGGUAUUCCUGGGCUGUGGCUUCGUGGGCCCUGUUGUAGGAGGCUGGUACAAGGUUUUGGACCGGCUCAUCCCUGGCACCACCAAACUGGAUGCCCUGAAGAAGAUGUUGUGGGACCAGGGGGCCUUCGCUCCAUGUUUCCUAGGCUGCUUCCUGCCACUGGUAGGGACACUUAAUGGACUGUCAGCCCGGGACAAUUGGGCCAAACUACAGCGGGAUUAUCCCGAUGCCCUCAUCACCAACUACUACCUCUGGCCUGCUGUGCAGUUAGCCAACUUCUACCUGGUCCCCCUGCAUUACAGGUUGGCCAUCGUCCAGUGUGUUGCUAUCAUCUGGAAUUCCUACCUGUCCUGGAAGACACAUCAGCGCUAACCCUGCCCUGCCCUGCUGUCCCCACUGCAGCGAUGGACCGUGACCCAAAUGCUCAGUCUUUUCCUACUUCUGCAGAUCAGUGUCCCCAAGGCGUGGCUGCUGGUCAGAGCACUCUGGAAUGGCACCGCUCACUCUGAGAUGUGUACUGACUGCCUCUGAAAUCACAGAGGCCUUUAUGGUAGAUUCUGAGGACGGUGCCGCCAGGCAGCUGCCGCAUUUUGUGAACACAGCGCCACUCCUGUAUGGCACAGGACCGUCAGUCGGCACGGUCUCCUAGUGCAGACAGGAGACAGUAAACCCAGGGUGUCUGAGGCCGAUGCCUGCGUGACAGUCCUGCUUUAUAGUAAGCUUUUUGUAAUAAGGAGUACACUCUAAAAUAAUGAUAAUAUAAUAAAUGAGCCCAUGUUGUUA